UAACAUUUGAUAUUCAAGUUUGGGUACUGUUCCUAAACUUACCAGAUAAAAACCUUUUUCAAAAAUUCUGUGUAUACCUGAUUUUAUUAUUUGGACGCAGCCAUGUCUCGCCGAGAUGCAGGGGACAGCUUCCUCAAGCGCGAGAAGAACACCCAAGAGGUGGUGGAGAAUGUCAUUGGCGAGCUGAAGAAGAUCUACCGGAGCAAGCUGCUGCCGCUGGAGGAGCACUAUCAGUUCCAUGACUUCCACUCGCCCAAGCUCGAGGAUCCGGACUUCGAUGCCAAGCCCAUGAUUCUGCUGGUGGGCCAGUACUCCACAGGAAAGACGACCUUCAUCCGCUACCUGCUGGAGCGCGAUUUCCCAGGCAUCCGUAUCGGCCCGGAGCCGACAACGGAUCGCUUCAUCGCUGUGAUGUACGACGAUAAGGAGGGCGUGAUUCCCGGCAACGCCCUGGUGGUGGACCCCAAGAAGCAGUUCCGCCCGCUGUCCAAGUACGGCAACGCCUUCCUCAACCGCUUCCAGUGCAGCAGCGUGGCCUCUCCAGUACUGAACGCCAUUUCCAUUGUGGACACGCCCGGCAUUCUGUCCGGCGAGAAGCAGCGCAUCGACAGAGGCUACGACUUCACCGGAGUGCUGGAGUGGUUCGCGGAGCGCGUGGAUCGCAUCAUUCUGCUGUUCGACGCCCACAAGCUGGACAUCUCGGACGAGUUCCGGCGCUCGAUCGAGGCGCUCAAGGGCCACGACGACAAGAUUCGCAUCAUCCUGAACAAGGCGGACAUGAUCGAUCACCAGCAGUUGAUGCGGGUCUACGGGGCGUUGAUGUGGUCGCUCGGCAAGGUGCUGCAGACACCCGAGGUGGCGCGCGUAUACAUUGGCUCGUUCUGGGACCAGCCUCUGCGCUUCGAUGCCAAUCGCCGGCUCUUCGAGGACGAGGAGCAGGAUCUGUUCCGUGACCUGCAGUCGCUGCCGCGCAACGCUGCCCUGCGCAAGCUGAACGAUCUGAUCAAGCGUGCGCGCCUCGCCAAGGUCCACGCCUUCAUCAUUGCCGAGCUGCGCAAGGAUAUGCCCUCGGUGUUCGGCAAGGACAGCAAGAAGAAGGAUCUGAUCAAGAACCUGGGUCAGGUGUACGAUCGCAUCCAGCGCGAGCACUCCAUCUCGCCCGGAGACUUCCCCGACAUCAAGAAAAUGCAGGAGGUGCUGCAGCACCAGGACUUUACCAAGUUCCACUCACUCAAACCCCACCUGCUGGACAUUGUGGACAAUAUGCUGGCCAAGGACAUAGCGCGACUCAUGGAGAUGAUCCCCCAGGAGGAGAUGACGCUUGUCUCGGAGCCCGUAGUAAAGGGUGGUGCCUUCGAGGGAGUCAUCGACGACCACGUCUCGCCCUUCGGCUACAUGAAGGGUGAGGGCAUCGAUGCCGGCUAUGGAGAGCACGACUGGAUCUGCAACAAGGACAAACCACGCACAGACGGCAUCUUUAAUGGGCUGGGACCCGUUGAUGGCAAGAUUUCCGGUGCAACUGCCAAGCAGGAGCUCAUCAAAUCGAAACUGCCCAACUCGGUGCUCAGCAAGAUCUGGAAACUGUCGGACGUCGAUGGCGAUGGCUUCCUGGACUCUGAUGAGUUCGCGCUGGCCUUGCACUUAAUCAACGUCAAGCUGGAAGGCUGCGAGCUGCCCACCGUGCUGCCGGAGCACUUGGUGCCACCGUCAAAGCGCUACGAAUAGUGCCCUGUAAUAUAUAUACACCCGAUCCACACAGCCACACGUACACAAAAAGAUCACAUAGAGACCAAGGAUGCACUUUGUUUCGAUUUGUUUUAUAUUCAAUCACUGUGCAGGCGACUGCCAUUUUUAUGUACUAUACUCGUUAUGAACGCGCUAAGCUGGGUAUUAAAAAAAGAAAACACGCAUUGAAACGCAUGAGAUAUCAAUCAUAAAUUCUUAGAAUUUACAAAAAACAUAGUAUAUUUUUGGAUAAUCGAUUGUGAAGAGCGAGCAGAGCGGAGGGAGUAGUGUAAAGUGGAACCAGACUAGGACAAGAUCAGAGUCUAUGUGUCGUUGUUGACUUAAGGAAUGUGUAAUGAAAUAAUUGUUCAAUGCCAAUGAAAGAGCAUGAAGUUAAACUGUAUACAAUAUCUAGGUUAAAUGUCGAUGCUGCACAUCGAGAAGGGUCGUUAAUUUGCAAAAAGAACCACUUUUGAUACGCCGUAGUAUAUAAGGAAUACUGAAGUUUACAAACUAUAAAGCGUGGGCGUGCGAAAAGCAUGUGUUUCCUGUAUUUAUUUUGCAAUCCUAUUUAAUAUUUGUUCGAGAGAUGCCCACACCACCACCAAGACCCUAAGAAAAUGAUGAAAACGUUGUGCAAUUUACAAUUUUUUUUAGUGCAAAUUAUGGCCUGUGCUUCGACUAUUUUGUAAUUAUUUAGUGAAUUCUUGAAUAUUAUUAAUUGUGAAAUUGAAACUGAUUUAUAAAUUGUAUAAACAAUAAAAUGAACAAUUUUAAA